CGCGGCUGUCUGCGCAGGCGCAAGCGCGUCCCCCGUGCACGGGUCUCUGCUGGCGGUUAGCGAGAGCGGGAGCUGAGGAGGUGGAAGCCGGCGCCAUGGUAGAGAAGGAGGAGGCCGGCGGCGGCGGCAUCAGCGAGGAGGAGGCGGCGCAGUAUGACCGACAGAUCCGCCUGUGGGGACUGGAGGCUCAGAAGCGGCUUCGAGCUUCCCGCGUGCUGAUUGUUGGCAUGAAAGGACUUGGGGCUGAAAUUGCCAAGAAUCUUAUCCUGGCAGGAGUAAAAGGGCUCACCAUGCUGGACCACGAACAGGUAUCUCCAGAAGACCCUGGAGCUCAGUUCUUGAUUCAGGCUGGGUCUGUGGGCCGAAAUAGGGCUGAGGCCUCGUUAGAACGAGCCCAGAAUCUCAACCCCAUGGUGGAUGUAAAGGUGGACACUGAGGAUAUAGAGAAGAAGCCAGAGUCCUUCUUCACGAAAUUUGAUGCGGUGUGCCUGACUUGCUGCUCCAGAGACGUCAUCAUUAAAGUCGACCAGAUCUGUCACAGAAACAGCAUCAAGUUCUUCACAGGAGAUGUCUUUGGGUACCAUGGGUACACCUUUGCAAAUCUUGGAGAGCAUGAAUUUGUAGAAGAGAAAACCAAAGUUGCCAAAGUCAGCCAAGGAGUGGAAGAUGGACCUGAUGCCAAGAGAGCAAAGCUUGAUUCAUCGGAGACAACCAUGGUCAAAAAGAAAGUGCUUUUCUGCCCUGUCAAAGAGGCGCUAGAAGUGGACUGGAGUGGAGAGAAAGCCAAGGCUGCCCUGAAGCGUACUGCCACAGACUACUUUCUGCUGCAAGUGCUGCUGAAAUUCCGUACAGAUAAAGGGAGAGAUCCUGCUUCUGAAAGCUACAGCGAGGAUUCAGAGCUGCUGCUGCAGAUACGGAAUGACGUGUUUGACUCACUGGGCAUUAGUCCUGACCUGCUUCCCGAUGACUUUGUCAGGUACUGCUUCUCUGAGAUGGCCCCAGUGUGUGCUGUGGUUGGAGGGAUCUUGGCACAGGAAAUUGUGAAGGCUCUGUCUCAAAGGGACCCUCCUCACAACAACUUCUUCUUCUUCGAUGGCAUGAAGGGGAGUGGAAUUGUGGAGUGCCUUGGUCCCCAGUGAGCCUGAGCUGUGUACAAGACCACGAGUCACCUACCUUCUCUCUAUGAAGUCGUGUCUGGAUCGUUUUUUUUCCAGAGCAAGAAGGCCAGACUUCAUCCUGCCUUUGUCCUCACACCUAUCAGGGACCUGCCGGCUCCCAAGUAUGAUAAUCUCAUGGCACCCCUCUGGCAUUGCUCCCUUGGGCCAUCAUUGGAGACUGGCAAUGCCUGUUAAGAGCAUCAUACUUCAUGAUGUCAGGAUUUCUUGUCACCUUUUG